GUGACAUGUUCCCCUCUCCCAACGUCCCGAGUGCAGUUGGAAGCCUCUCUUGAUGCCCCUGCCUGUCAGCCAUUUUUGUUGGCUCAAGUCAUUGUGCGUGCUGUUCAGUUCAGCAUGGCUGAAAUUCAGGGCCUCAAUGACUUCCAGCUCUUCCGCGCCUGUGGUCCCCUGUACCCGGCUUUCGCCAUUGAAAGCCUGACCAGCAUUCUGCUCGGCGUCUUCUUUUGCUACUUGGCCCUGCGCAUCACUGUGCGCACUGAUGUGAAUGCACCAGUGAUGUCCAUGUUGCGCUGGAUGAGGGACUCCCUCAGGGAGCCCCUUGGGUAUUGGUGGCAGGAAAUGAAGACGUGGCCAGAAAUGAACAAACGCCCCUUGGCCGACCGCAUCAAGAUAUGCCGACUGCUGAACCUCGCGAUGUGCAUUGCACAGGCAGCUGCUGCUUUCUUUACGGUGCUCCGAUGGCUGCACAUCCAAAACGUGAACGGUUUGCGCUACCUCGGCUAUGCCUUCACCUGCGCGUUGAUGCAGGCAGAGCUUGUGGUGCUGAUUGCCCCCUACGUGCCUUGCUACAAGUUCAACGUGGUUGCCGUGGUCAUUUUUACGCACUUGUGGCUGGUCCUGGGCUGGAUCGGCUCGCUGCAAGCGGGCUUUCUCUUCGAAGAUGCUAGCUGGGAAUCGUUCGUGGAGAACUAUGAUUUCAACUUGCUGAUCGUGACCAAUAAAGGCUUGCUCAUUGCCGCGACAGCGGUUGGCCUGUGUGGCUUGAUGUUCGUGCAGAUGCCAUUCCUCUCGCUGAUUUACUUCAUCAAGGGCGGCUACAAGGCUCAUCCAGACCUUCCGUACUACUACAUGCGCCUCAUGAUGACGGUCUGGUUCACUUGGCCGGCCUUCCCUGCCUGGUGGUUGGUGUCCGCGGAGGGUUUGGGCCUCCUGGCGGAUGCCAAGUCCAACUCUGUGGGCUUCGCCAUCCUCAACUGCAUCUCCAAGGGCUCCUUCACCUAUUACAUGCUGAAGACCGGGGCAGACCAUAAGAAGCGUUGGGCCAAGCCGCAGGGCGACGCAAGCAAACCCGUGGAGGCCAACUGGAUGGUGAGAAAUCUCAAGAGCUACGACUCCCAGGGUGUGCUGAAUGUGAAGGCCGGGCAUUGCAAGGUGCCUUCGCUGGAGCGCUCGGUAGCUUGAGCCUUUCUGCAAUCCUCCUCCCCAACACAAGCUGGAUUAGGGAGGGUGGCCCUCUAGGCAGCCUCUGGCUUGCGGAUCUGAAAGCCAGCACCAGCUUGGCUACGUCUGGGCCGUUGAGUGCUUCCGUUUGCACCCAUGGAGGCGGAGCACUCUCUUGCCGAAGGCGCGAAGGAUGAGCCGGAGAAUGCGGAGCAAACUUGGGUCUGAACGACAUGCGUCGAAUGUCAGUGCCAGGGAGCCCUUUCCUUAGGUGUUACAACGUU